CUGACAGGAUGCCAAAGACGCUCGAGUCACGGAAAACCUAGAUGGUGAACUCUACGCGGACGGGAACGUGUUACUGUUAUUGGGGCGUGCAGUGAAGGAGAAGAGGGAAGCGGAUGUCAUGGUCGCACUGGUUAUUUUGGCACUCGCUUUCUGGGACACGCUUGAGAAUGUUACAUGGCCGCUGGCUGGCGCCCGGAUGGACCUCGAAGUUCGGAUCAAUCCAGGCGGCCGGGUUUCCUGCUGGGAGAUUUCGAGGUUUGGGUUGCGUGCGCUGAUUGACGGCAUUCAUGCGAGGCUCGGGAUAUCAGAUGGCAAAAGACCGAAACAGUUGCCAAACGCAGAAGUCAAUGUGAGAGAGUACCUGAAUAGUAAUUCCUACAGAGAGUUGGUGGUAUUGCCCAUUCGUGUACUCUGUUUCAAACGUUCAGAGCUUGGCUGAGGCAACCUAUACAGCGCCAAUAUGUUAAUUCAGCCGCGCGGAUAUCGAGAGGAUGGUCCAUCUAUCUGGGCUCCUAAGAGCCACGAUGCGCAUAUCAGCUGGGCUGCCAGUUGAGCUGAGGCUGAGAAGACAGAAAGCGAUAGAGAAAGAGAGCCAGGGCCCGGCGACCAUUCGCAUGAACGGAUGAGCUAUUUCGG